AUGUCUAUUAAAGAAGUUAGAGUCAUACCGGAUGAAGCAGGAUUGUACAUGCCGGACGAUAUUCCACAAUUUGUUGAGAAGUACAAAGCAAAAACAGCCCGCAAGCCAAGGGCUAGGAGAAGCGACUUGAGCAAGGGAAUGGUUGUCGUUGUUCUGGAAGGGGUUUUUGCAUCUCGAAGAGUAGUCUAUUUGAAGGCGCUGGAAGACAAUCUCGCUCUCUGUGCUGGACCAAAGUCAGUUAGCGGAGUACCAUUUUUCAAGAUUGACGAGAGAUAUCUUCUGGCAACAUCGACUAUUUUGAGUAUUGGUGUGGAUGUGAAUGUCGACGAAAAGAACAUUAUCUUAUCAGAGAGAGACGUUUAUGAUGUGCCUAUGGAUGUUGAGAUGACAGAUGCAGAGAAGAAGAUUGAUGAAGAGAUUGCAAAAGCCGUCAAGGAGAUCAAAUACAUGAGGACCUAUCUUUCUGAGCCAUUUGAGAUCGACACUACAAGAAAUUUCUACUCCCUGAAGUAUUAA